CUCCCCCCUCCUUAAAAAUACAUCUCAGCUCGGGCUUUAAUUCUUUCGUACAUUCAAUCCCAGCAUACCUUGAAAAAUAGACUACACCGCCGCAGUGGCUUUAAUUUUUCCCCUUGCACCUUCAGCCCUUUGCCUGCCAAGUUUGCCAAGCCCAGAGGAUGCGGUAGCCGGCCCCCACGCAGCAUUGUCCCUCCUCUGUGGCGUUUGUGGCGUGUGCGUUUUUUCACGGCUGGUCAGACGAUUGGUUUGAUAACUUUGGGAUUGCCUUGUUUUCUGGGUUGUCUUGGAUUGCCUCGGCGCACGGGAAGAAGAAGCAGAGGACUCGGCGCGGAGGAGAGAGAGAGAGAGAGAGAGAGAGAGGAGAAAGGAGGGGGAGAGGGAAACACGGGAGAAGCCUCCAUGUUUCAGUUGCCCAUCUUGAAUUUCAGCCCCCAGCAGGUCGCCGGGGUCUGCGAGACUCUGGAGGAGAGCGGGGAUGUCGAGCGCCUGGGCCGCUUCCUCUGGUCGCUGCCCGUCGCGCCAGCGGCCUGCGAGGUCCUCAACAAGAACGAGUCGGUGCUCAGGGCCCGGGCUGUCGUCGCGUUCCACACUGGCAAUUUCCGUGAACUCUACCAUAUCCUGGAGAACCACAAGUUCACCAAAGAGUCGCAUACGAAGCUGCAGGCGCUGUGGCUCGAAGCUCACUACCAGGAGGCUGAGAAGCUGCGGGGCCGCCCGCUGGGACCGGUGGACAAAUACAGGGUGCGGAAGAAGUUUCCCCUGCCCAGAACCAUCUGGGAUGGAGAGCAGAAAACCCACUGCUUCAAGGAGAGAACCCGGCACUUGUUAAGAGAGUGGUAUUUGCAGGAUCCCUAUCCAAAUCCCAGCAAAAAGAGGGAGCUUGCACAGGCUACUGGACUUACACCCACACAAGUAGGAAACUGGUUCAAAAAUCGCAGACAAAGAGACAGAGCGGCGGCCGCGAAGAACAGGCUCCAGCAGCAGGUCCUGUCCGGCGGCUCGGUUCGCUCCCUGGCGGACGAGGAUGGCACCGUGGACCGCCUGGGGAACUCCUCCAGUCCCGAGGCCAGUCUGUCCAGCAAAGCAGCCGCCUCGGCCAUCUCUAUCACCUCCAGCGACAGUGAAUGUGACAUCUGACGGGCAGAUCGAGGGUGUUAAUGAAUUAAAAGGGGAUACGAGUGAAAGACAAUCCAAUAAACAAGUCAUAGUGCCUGCGUUGAGAUAAAAAAAAAGAACAUACACACACAUACACAUACAUACACACACAAACUAAUAUUUGACGGCUGCCAAAACAUAAAGGGAUCUGUGAUCUGCUGCGGACUGCCCGUCCUUAUCCUUUUAGGCCUAUACUUUUGUUUGCGUUUUACCCACGUGCGGAUAACUGAACUUAACACUUGGACGAAACACAUUUCACGGACUAAUAAGCCAACGCUUCGAGAUGAAACGUUAAAAAAA